CACUGCAACCUUUACCCUGUCCAUUGAAGAUGCUCUAAACAAUUGCCUUCUAAAAAUAAUGUUGACCGGUUUGAACCUGUCUAUAUUCUAAUUGGACCCCGUCCGGUUUCACCAAUCAUAACAUGACUAAUGGCGUCACCUGGUAGUCUCGGCAGUCGGAAGGUUGCACCGCCAGUGGCGCCAAUUCAGUCCGCCGGUAAAGCAGCGCCCGCACUUUCCAAGACGAAAGUCCGCCGGUUCAACUAGAUCCACUUCCUCCUGCGGCGGCGGCGAGGAAAAGGGAUGGGAAUUUGGGGUUUCAUCAGCUCCACCGCCGAUUCAGUGAAACGAAACACGCCCGGUCCAGUCAAGCGAGCAUGCACCGCCUUCUACACCUACUCAUCCCUCGCCGUCGGGAAGAUCGGCUACGCCUGCGGGCUCGUCGUCGACGUUCGCCGGCUCAACCCGGCUCAGUAUAUCCCCGACUCCGAAACCCGCGCUAAGAUCGCCGUCUUCGCCACCAGGUUCGCCAAAAACGCCGCCGUUUACACUGUCAACGAAAUCGCCAAAAACAACCCCGUUUCAAAGGCUGUUGCUUCCACUUAUAAAAAAACCAUCCGCGAGUUGGAAUGUGAAAAUCACAAAGACAAAAAGGAUCAAAGAGUUAUGAAACAUGUUUCUGCUGCUUCAACUAAGAACCAUGCUGAUGUUGAACCGAGUGAGCUCCGGGAACCAGAAGUCAAAGACAAGCUAAGGAUGUUCCUGCCAGUGAGAGAGCUCGCAGCCUGUCGGGUCUUUAAUGAGUUGAUCAUUCUGGACAUACUUUGCGCAACACAUAAUGAUCAUCACUCAACACGGCAGGAUAUUCCGCGAGAUAAGGCUGGUGUGGUUGAAGUCUGAUUUGCCCUUGUGUGGUCUGGUUUGGCUGUGUUUGGGUUUGUAGUAUCUGGGGAACAUGUGUGCUAUGUUUAUGUGUUAUGUAAAAAAAAGUGUCUGCUUUGGUCCUUUUUUGUGUUCUAUAUCAUGUGAUGGGUUUUUGUGCUUUGGAUCAGAGCACAUUGUAAGGCAAGUCAUAAGCCUAUCUUCUUUGGGAU